CUGGAAUUUAAAGCUUUUAUGCCGAUUCAUUUCAUCCUGCACUCGUUUUUUAUUUUUUCCCCAAGAUCCUGUUUUUUCUGUAAAAUAGUAAUAUACAAAUUGGAAGAAGUCCCGUGAGGGUUUGAUUAAUAGGAUAAUCCAAGUAGAGGCUCCUAACUGAAGUUUCUCAAUUGCCGGAAAAUUUCACGUAGUUAGAAACUAGUCGCAUGAUGAUAUUGGAAUUUACUUUCUGGGCAUAGGCCGCAUGGUAGAAAACUGUGGCGUAAUAGGAUCUUGGGAUACUGCUGUCGAAGCUUGCUUUUAAUCUGCCAUGGUUUUCUUGGGAUGAACUAGAGAUCUUUUGGUAUGACAAGGGAAAUAUGUUUGUCUUGUUCUAUGCAGGAAGAUGAAGAGAAGGUGAAAAAGAUUCUGAAAAUGAAUUCAAGGGAAGGAGUGAAUGAUGGUCGAACUAGAAUUGAACCAAAUGAUUCUCUUCUCCCUGGUCUUAUUGAUGAUGUUGCCCUCAAUUGUCUUGCGUGGGUUAGCAGAUCGGAUUAUGCUUCGCUAUCUUGUAUAAAUAAAAGAUACAAUAAGCUGAUUAAAAGUGGGUAUUUAUAUGGGUUGAGGAAACAGUUGGGACUUGUUGAGCAUUGGGUUUAUUUGGUGUGUGAUCCAAGGGGAUGGGAAGCAUUUGACACCGUGAAAAAGAAAUGGAUGGCAUUGCCUAAGAUACCGUGUGAUGAAUGCUUCAACCAUGCAGACAAGGAGUCCUUGGCUGUGGGCAGUGAACUGUUGGUAUUUGGUCGGGAAUUGUUGGAUUUUGCUAUUUGGAAGUAUAGCUUGAUUUUUCAUGGUUGGGUUAAGUGUCAGGGGAUGAAUCGGCCGCGCUGUUUGUUUGGAUCUGGUAGUCUUGGCUCAAUUGCCAUUGUUGCAGGUGGAAGUGAUAAAAAUGGAAAUGUUCUAAAAUCAGUUGAGCUGUAUGACUCUUUGUCAGGUGGAUGGGAACAGUUACCAAGCAUGCACACACCACGUAGAUUGUGCUCUGGUUUUUUCAUGGAUGGCAAAUUCUAUGUGAUCGGUGGAAUGUCAAGUCCUACGGUUUCGUUGACCUGUGGAGAGGAGUAUAAUCUUGAGACGAGAAGUUGGCGGAAAAUAGAGGAUAUGUAUCCAUUUGUUAAUGGGGCUGCUCAGGCACCCCCACUUGUGGCAGUUGUGGACAACCAGUUAUUUGCUGUGGAGCAUCUAACCAACAUGGUGAAGAAGUACAACAAGGUAAAGAAUGCCUGGGAUGAAUUGGGAAGGCUUCCAGUCCGGGCUGAUUCUUCUAAUGGAUGGGGUUUGGCUUUCAAGGCUUGUGGGAAGCACCUUCUGGUCGUGGGUGGUCAGAGAGGUCCUGAAGGUGAAGCUGUUGUGCUGAAUUCCUGGUGCCCUGCAUCAGGGGUAAAAAAUGGCACCUUAGAUUGGCAGGUUCUUGCGGUGAAGGAGCAUGUUGGGGUGUUUGUGUACAAUUGUGCUGUUAUGGGUUGUUGAGAUGUUUGUAGAUUGACUCAACAGAAGGUGAUGGUAUCUACAAUCUGACUUAGCCUUCGAGGGCGCUUCCCUGUGCAUUUCGCUCUGGGACAGCUUUCUCUAGCGGAGAAUUUGGUUUCUUUCUUUUUAACAUGGCUUAUUUGGAUGUGUUUCUCCCUUUUUAUGAUGAUUAUCAUUUGUUUUUAAAAUUACUAAGUAGGCUUACACAGGUAUUUCUGUCAUGUCUCUCUCUCUCUCUCUCUCUCUCUCUCUCUCUCAUAAUAGCUACUAUGUAAACCAAUAAAUCAAGGGUUUUCAUUUAAUGA